AUGGUCAACUUGGCUCCCGAGGAGGAGGAGGAAGACGGCGCCGACAGCAUCAACCGCCUAAGAGACACGGUGGAAGAAGCUGCACGGCCGUCUCCAGCGAGCCUUGCCGUCUCAAAAGCAACCUCAAGAUGAGGACAGAGGCCGAGAAAAGCUUGGAACAGAGGAAAGUAAGCUGGCCUGAUGCUUAUGGCAAAGAUAUUGCUCAUGUUCAAGAGUUUGAGCUUAGCGCAUCGGAGGACGGAGAACAUGCAGGAAAUUCUAGAAGAAAAUACUGUGGUGUCUGUAAAAUCCAGUGACAUUAUUAUCUUUUUGUGUUACGUGUUUUGUUUCUUAGCACUGUGUCUGAAAUGUGUUGAUUUUAGUAAGAGAGUUUUUCGUAAAUCCAUCAUUGAGUAUAAACACUCAACUUUAAGGAA